CUACAUGAUGGGCUAUGCCGGAUCCAGGUCAGAUGCUGUCAGAUUUGGUUAAAAGUUGCAGAGAGUUAAGGACUGGUCAACAAUUCAUUUGUUUAACCUUUUAUCAUCAAAAGUUGCAGAGAGUGACAUAGCAAUUAUGCCUAUAUAAAGCUCACAUCAUAAAUGAGUAGCAACAGCUAUUGCAAGUACAAUGAACUGUUAGCACAAGCUGAGAAAAAAUAUUGUAGCAGAAAACAAUAAGCUAUUAAGCAGAUAAGAAACAAUAAAAGAAAUUGUAACUGAAUCUAUGUAGAAGUACACAGUUUGAACUCAAAACAAUGUGCUAUUCCUGAAAUAAAUGUUCCAGAAAUUUUCUUCCAUCUGAUACUGCUACAAGUUGUGGAUCGAACAGAUUGCUAUGACACAAAAUGUAAAAAAAUCUAAUCCAUGCUUUGUUAAGGUGGAUUUGGUCCCGCAUUUUUGGGAACUAUUAACAUAUUUAGUAAUAUCUCCCACUACUCACUCUACGGCUCUACAUACAGAGGCAGAUUCAAAAUUUAAGUUUUAUAGAUUCAACAUAUAAGAUCUUAGUAUUGAAUUCAUUAUAUUAAGUUAUGGGUUCAUAUCUACUAUUUAUUAUAAUAUUCGAGAACUUAUACAUAUAAAUUUAUGCUCUAUGUUGAAAGUAGUGGGUUCAGAUUAACGAGGUGUCGGUAUGAUACAUCCUUUGUCUACACACGCGUACAAACUACAGACAUGUGCACAUAUACUCAACCAGGUAGGCAGAGCCGCAGAGACCACCGUUAUUGCAUCCAUCUUGGAGUCUGUCUUGAACUAGCUGAUGAACUUAAGCAAAUAGUUAUUAUUACUAAAAGUGGAAAUAACGGCUUUAUGUUGCCAAAUCACAUGCAUGUGUGCAGUUAGCACAAAAAUUUAUGCAGACCAGAAACCUUGAAAGCAGUAAAUUUGACAUUGAAACCAUGCAGCAAAUUGCACCAAAGCAUUAUCCCGAGAAUGACUUCGCAAACAUAUGUAUCUCAAGUACGCAGACUUCAAGGAAAUAAACAUAAAGGAAAAGAAAAUCCAAUAGAAGGAAGCAAAAUUUAAUAAGAGCAAAACAUGUCCAAAGUAUUUUUUUAUGAGCUUUGAUGGCCACCUCUAUGAAUUGAAGCUUAAAUAAUCCUAAAAUCUACUGUUAAAUCUAGUUUUAAUGUCUUCAAACAUGUAAACUUAUGUACAAGGUUGGACUACAAAAUAUAACUCUUUGUAAAUUCCUGAGCGUAUAUUAUCUUUCUUCAGAAACCCCUAAGCCUGUACAUCAAAAAAUUCCCAAGAAGUAACAGAGCCCUAUUUAUAGUGAAGUAUGGAGGUCACAUGUUAUUCGACACCAUUUCCAGAGGUUCUGCAUGGUAAUUUUGAUAUUCGCAUCCUUAAUUAUCACAUAGUCCUGUUAUGAAAAUCAUUGUACGACUAGCUAUUCCCGAGGCAUCGGCACUAGAAUUAAUGCAGGCCAUAAUCAAUAACUUCAUUGGACUCCUAGCAACUUGAUCACUUCACACUGAAGCAUUUACGGGAUAUUCAAUAUAUUGCAUAUUUUAUUGAACUUUAUGACCAAAGCCAUGUGACAAAACAGCUAUAUAAAUAUAAGCUAUUCCUGUGCAAACUUCAGGGCAAGAUCCAGAACAAACACCAAGAUAUUUCAAUCUAAACAAGUCCUAGUUCAACCUAAAUUCCACCAAUAUUUACAUAUCAAGAAGACAUGGGGAUUCGUUUGUUACCUAUGAUUUCCGGUGCCAAGCAAAUCUACAAACUGCAGUUUGCUCCUACAAGAAAUCAUUCAGAUAUUCCAAAAGGACAUUUUGCAGUUUAUGUUGGAGAAAUAGAGAAGAAACGUUAUGUGGUGCCCAUAACAUACCUGAAUCAUCCUUCUUUUCAGAACUUGUUAAGGAAAGCAGAAGAAGAGUUUGGAUUUCAUCAUCCAAUGGGUGGUCUAACAAUACCUUGCAAUGAGGAUGACUUUUUCUUUGUGACUUCUCGAUUGAGUUUAUGAAAUGAAGAACCGUGAAAUAGUGGUUCUAGACAUCAGAUUUUGAGCUUAGGAUUUUCAGUGUUAGGUUCUCAUCUUACUAGGCAAGAAUUGUAAACUUAUGUACAAAGUUUUCAAGAAAAGUAUACAAAUGAAAUCUAUA